AUGCACCUACUUGGAGAUUUCUAUACAACUUCACUGACCGUAUUUCUAAGUUAUCCAAUUUUAAGUACGAUAAAAUCAACAACCAUUGGAAGUGAAGCUACGAGAGAAGUAGAUAUAAAAGAAGAGGAAGAGGAGAAAUAUUGCCAAGAAAUCAUUAACGUUGUGGGUUUAAGAGAUAGAGAUGAUGAUUAUGAUUUGUAUGAAAGUAAAGAGGAAGCGAUUUUCCGUACAGAAAAAAGCUUUUGA